AUGACGGGACGCGGGAGAGGUCGUCCUGGCACGCGGCAACAACAACCGGCCGAGGGAACGACGGUUGCUGUCCGGCGUACCAUGCGUCUCCAGCAGCAAUCUCCGCCACCUACUCAAGGGGAGCAGGCAGAGCAGCACCAGCUCCAGCAACAGCAACAGCAGGUUCAUGAUGCUCAGAUUGACCCAGCUAUCACUGGUGCUCAGGAAUCAGGGAUGCCUCCUCCUCCCGUCCCAGCCCCGAAAGGCCAAAGCAAGGAUUCUGAGCAGGCCUUCGUUGAAGUUGCUCGUCGAAGCACGCGCCGUGAUGCUCGUGCUGAGAGCAUGGUGAGCGUUAAUAGCGUUCUCACCCGUGUCUCUGGCACGGACGCCAUCUCCUCUCAGCCAGAAACCCCAAGUUUUGCUUUUCGUAGGGGUACAUCAACAUCUUUCACUGGUGCCCCGGCUCGUGGGGUAUCCAUUGACACAGUUUCCGAGCUGGGCAGAACUCCGGCAAGGAGGGGAAAGGAGAGACUUUUGAUGAGCCGCAUGUUGCCACAUCUCUUCGCUUCAGCGGACAAACUGUUCACUCUCCUAGCCACAAUACAUCCUCAACAGAGGGACCCUGAUGAGCAGGCAGCUUUGGAAGAAGAGUUCGAAAUGUACCGCUUACGUUAUAUCUCCAACAACAGCGAACCCAGCAUCAACCUCAAGCACGUUCUUUCGGCCAUGGAAGUCGACCCUAACUCGCCGGCCGGCUCUGACGCCUGCAAGACUGUGACGCUCGCCAACCUUGCGACAAUGUUCGAUCGAAUUGAUGUGAUUCAGCAGGGUAAAGCCGAAGACGACUUGGCCGACUUGCAGGUUUGCGAUGACAUAAUCGCCCAGUCUCUGGUAGUGGAUGGAGUCGAGAAUUCGGCGGUCCUUAAGCCAGAAGACAUCAUGACCCUAGUUGUGGAAAUCCGGACGCUUUUGUUCAUGCUCACCCUCCAGAAUUUCGAGGCGCAGAACCAGCUUCCCGUAAGCCGAUCGGAGAUAUUGGCGGAUACGUUCUGUCAAGGGGUCCCAAGUGUGGAAGCAGUGGAGGACUUCAAACAAGGCAACAAGGAUGCUUUGCCGCUGAGGUUGGUUCCGGGCAUUGACCCCAACGGCGACCCUUGGCACAAGGAAGGGUAUAUUACACGGCUGCAGUCCAUCUGCGGAUGCCUGCCCAACGAAUCCAUCGACGACGCCGCUCUUCAUGCUUGCUUGGAGCAUAUCAAGAAAUUGUAUGACCCUCACACGUCUCUACGGACUAUUAGGGAUAGCCUGGAGACCUGUUUCCAGGAAACCAAACGACAACUACAGCCUGUGCCACCGGGGCCGUCUUACCUAGCUACACAGUAUGGCGCGCCGGAUUCCUCGGCAGAGGAAACACAAAUCCAGUCUCAGUUGGAGAGUGAGUCACUGGCAGUUACUGGGCAAAGACAAUUGAAUUAUUUGGCUUCCCUUCAGAAGAUACCUCUGGAAUCUGAUAGCGAAGCUUCACAAGCACAAGAUGGAGGUUUCUCGACAACCCAGGAUAUCUUCGGAAGACCCCAUGAACUCCCAUUGAGCAGUUACCCCCCCAUUGGGCGCGCCCCAUACCCCCCUAGCUUCGACGCUCAACAAUCGCCGCCUUUGGUGUACCCUAGUAAUCCGAGUGCUUUUCAAAACGGCACUCUUUACGCACAGUCCGCCGCCCAGCUAGGCCGACCUAAGAGAGCUUCGCCGAGCGGUAAUGAUAGUGUAGUCGAUGGAUCAGAUGCGAGCAAACCGCCAGCCAAAAAGCCAAGGACCCGUCGCCCGAGGCCUGCUGUCCCCACUCCUGCCGCAGAGGGUGCAAUGGGGGAUGUUGGGACGCCGUCUUCAUCUGCCGCUACUGCUGCUGCCGCUGUCGCUGCUGUGGCUAGGUAUUCACCGUCCUCAGGCACGCAGGCCGAGCCUGACCUCGACGUCGUGUCGCAACGCUCGAGGGAGCUAUCGGCAGCUAACCGGAAAGCCAGAGGACCACAGAGUCGGUCGCCCUGGCUUCGCGAUGACAUCAGGAUGUUGAUCAAGGCAGUGGACACGUACAAGUGCAAAUGGAGCGUCAUCGAGAAGGAAAUAAAGAAUGGGAACAUCCCUUUUGAGCGCCCUCGUGACCAGCAGGCUUUGCGAGACAAAGCUCGCUUGCUAAAGCAGGACUUCUUAAAGGCUGAUGCUAUUUUGCCUCCGUCCUUUGAUCUCGUUGUGCUGGGUAAGAAAGAGAAAGAAGCUGUGAAGGCAUGCGGCAAAAAUCCCGAUCGCAAGGAAGACGACGUCCGGAACGGGUUUCCCAUCAAUACUGAUUAUCAAGCGCAAGAGCCGAUGCAGGAGCAAGCAAGCGCCGCCGAAGCGGAGGACCAAGCGCAGGUACAGGGCGAGGAACAACCGGACAUGCAACUCGAAACACAGGCGGAGGUACAGACUGAGGCGCAACCCGAGGCCUCGGCAGUGGUCUCAGCUGAGGUGCCUGUCGAUGCAGAAGCGAUAGAAGCUGCUUCCACAUCAUAGGGUCCAUUUGUGUAUCUGAUCGCUGAUGCUACGCAGGUGAGGGCCGUAGCAGAGAGUGAUAUAAGAAGCCGUGCCUACGAGUACGCCCCAAAGAGAGCAAGCAGCCAUACUAGAAAACAAAUCAUGCUUUUAUGAGCCAAGGCAAGGCUAUAUG